AUGGACAAGAGUUGGAUUGCAUUAGGUAGCACAGUUGAUGGAAGGAUAAGUCGGGCAUAUAAUGAUGGGGUAAUAUCAUUUCUCCGUUUUGCAAUGGCGGUUAUCGAUCGAGAUGGUAAAAUUUUGUGCCCUUGUCAAAAGUGUGUGAAUGUUGUUCAUCAAAAAUUUCAAAUUGUUCAAAUUCAUUUGCUGCAACAUGGGAUUAUUCCAACUUACACUAUCUGGCACGUGCAUGGGGAACCCCGUGCAUCAAACGUGGCUUAUCAUCAUGAUAUACCCGUUGAGGGCAAUAAGGUUUUGGGAGGUAUUGAUGCCUUAGUGGAAGAUCGAAUAAGAGGGGAAUCAACUAAUACAACUCAAGAGGAGGAGGUUCGCACUUUUGAUAAAUUAUUGAAUGAUGCCAAACGUGAGGUGUACCCAGGUUGCACAAAUUACACUUUGUUAAAAUUUGUCAUCGAGAUACUUAAUAUGAAGGUAACAAACCAUUGGAGUAAUAAGUCAGUUGACAUGAUGCUAGAGUUUUUAACAAAACUUUUACCGAAGGAUAAUUUGGUUCCAAAGUCAACUUAUGAAGCUAAAAAAAUACUACGUGAAUUGGGUUUGUCAUACGAGCUCAUUGAUGCUUGUGUAAACGAUUGUGUGCUCUUUUGGAAGGAGAAUGCAACAUUGGAUAAAUGUCCAAAUUGUAAGGCUUCUAGAUACAAGACAAAUCAUGGUAGAGGUAAGAAGAUCUCUCGUAAGGUUCUUCGAUACUUCCCGUUAACACCGAGAUUGAAAAGGUUGUACAUGUCGAGGAAGAGAGCCGAGGAAAAACGUCUAGAUGACGGUGUAUUGAGGCAUCCUGCAGAUAGUGAUGAGUGGAAGGAAUUCGAUACACAACAUCCUGAAUUUGCCUUGGAGCCUCGGAAUGUGAGGCUAGGGUUGGCUACUGAUGGUUUCAACCCUUUCGGAAAUAUGAAUAACUCAUAUAGUUUGUGGCCUGUCGUACUCAUUCCAUACAACUUGCCACCGUGGUUGGCUAUGAAGGACCCAUUUUUCAUGUUGUCAUUACUUAUUCCUGGUGAAUCACAACCAGGAAUUGAUAUUGAUGUCUACAUGAGACCUUUAGUGGAAGAAUUGAAUGAAUUAUGGAAAAAUGGUACAUUAACCUAUGAUGCCUCGACUGGUGAGACUUUCUGCAUGCGUGCAGCUUUGCUGUGGACGAUACAUGAUUGGCCCGCAUUUGGUGACAUUUCUGGAUGGAGAACAAAGGGUCAUUACUCUUGUUACACUUGCAAUGAUGAACCAUAUUUUGAAUCUUUAAGAAGUAAGACUGCGUACAGUAACCAUCGAUGCUACUUGCCUGAUGACCACCCAGAAAGGCGAAAGAGUAGAGCAUAUAAUGGCAAGCAUGAAAAACGGAAGAGAUCUUUGGUGAUACCGAUAGAAAAGAUUGAAGAACAAUUGGGCAGCGUGACGGGUGUCACAUAUGGAAAACAUCCAAGCAACAGGAAAAGACCUCGUCAGAACCCAAAUUGGACAAAGGUAAGCAUCUUGUAUGAGCUACCGUAUUGGAAGAAAAGGAGGCUUCGACACAACAUUGAUGUCAUGCAUGUGGAGAAGAACUUUAGUGAAAAUGUUUUUGGAACGAUGUUGGGAAUUGAUGGAAAGAACAAGGAUACAGAUAAGGCACGAAUGGAUUUAGAAGACAUGAAUAUAAGGAAAGAAUUGUGGCUAACAACAAAUCCCGAUGGAUCAUAUGUGAAGCCGCCAUAUUGUGGGUUUUCUUUCUGUGCCAUGUUAUCUGCUUUUUACUCUCAGCUCACUGUUUUAUUGGUUAAAUUUUCUCUAACAAUGCAAAAAAUGGUAGAUUAA